CCCCACGCCUCUCAUCGUCGCCUGCCUCAAGGCCAAGGCUGGAUAUCCUCGAGGACUGGCGACGCGUCUGAUGCGGUGCGGACCGCCACCCCACGCAGAAAAUAUAACUUUCUUUGGUCGGAUUCAAUAUAUCUCAAGAUAACUUCCGUGCUGCCUGAUUCUCCCCCUUUGACUAGUUCUCGAUCUCGGCAACGCUGCAUACAAGUCGACAUGGAGAAGACAAAGGCGGGCAGAAUGAUAAUCGCUUCGUAUGCCGCUACGUUACCCACGGGUCGCAUCCGUCCCUAUUUAAUUCACCCCAACGGAUCCGCAUUCAUGAUCCGCGUGUCCAACCAGCUCUUCUCAAAGAUACUUGUGCCUUCGCGUUUCACGGACACGGUUGAAACAGGACUAGUAGUCCCAUCACGGAGCGUGUGA